AUGGAAAGUCACAAUUAUCAAUGUAUUCUAUGUAAAUGCAACAGUUUCACAGCAUGUUUGACAAGUCUUCGACAUUGUUCUAAAUGUAAUCAUUCAUGGACAUUUCAUGCAAUAGAAAUUUUUUCAAAGCAUAUCAAUCAUUUCAAUGAACUCACAUUAGCAAUCACAACAUCAUCAACAAUCAACUACUGGAUGCAUAUUGUUAACAUUCUAUAUCAAUUGACAAAUUUAAUUCUAUAUGGUUGUCAUUUAAUUCCAAUACGAAUGAAAUUUUUGCUAGAUUAUUUCAAUGAGAUUUAUUCGACAAAAUGUCAAUUUGAACAAAUUUUACAAAUAUUCGAUUGGUCGUUAACAGAUUAUACACAUGGUUACAUGAUAAAUAAUUUCAAACAAUCAAUAUUGAAUAUGUGUACACCGGAUGAAGAGUAUAUAAUUUUAAACCAAAUCAAACAUUUACCAUAUUUAAAAUCAUUAGCUAAUGAUUUAUUAAAAACUAUUCAACUUGAUUUCAUUCAAGAGAUCAAUUUAACAAACAUAGAGAUUAUGCAGGAUAAUGCAGCAAAGCGAGUUCCAGUAUCUUCUGUAUCAUUAACGAAUAAUACUUUUUCAUGCUGUGAAGUUUUACUUUCUCAGAUUAUAUCAAGUGAAAAAUUAUCAAAUGCUCAAUUAUUCAAUUCAGACAUUUUAUUAAAUUCACUCACAAAUAAACACAAUGACAACAAUUCAGGCAUAUUCAUUCAGUGUUUAAAUGAAAUAUUUGAUAAUUUAAAAAAUAAUAAUGAAAUUGGGUAUAUUGGAUUUUCAUCUGUAGUCAAUUCAAUUCCAACUGAAAAUUCUCACAUAAAUAUUUAUUCAGAUGACCGGAUUCAUAGUGAUGUUCGUAAUCAGCUCAACCGUCCACAACAUGAUCAAUUUGAAAGACACGACACAGUGAAUAAGAUAAAUGAACUAUUCAACGGUAAUUGUGAACUUUUACUGAAUUGGAACAGUAACCUUUUAAUAACUCUAUUAAACAACCAACAGCAAACUGGAAAAUCAACUAAUCAAACCAAAAAUUUAAACAAUGCCACUGUCACUUAUUUGAUAAAUGGUCUAAGCAAAGAAGAAGUAGUUAGUAUUUACUAUAGUAGCAAUGAAGAAAUAGCCAGUAUACAUUUUAUCGAAGAGAAUAUUCCGUUAAAUAUGCCUAAAAUCAUUUAUUCUUACUGUCGACUUUUAAUGAUAAACUUCAAGUCCAAUCAUAACUUUUAUCUAGAUUCUUUAUCCAAACGUAUUGAUUCAAAUCAAAUCAAACAAUCUGAUGAGGAUGAUUAUGUUUCGACUCAAGAAAUAAUAAGGAAUAUACCAGUAAUAAGUACUACUACUACUAUUACCAACGAUCAGAGUUCAGUGAAAUAUCCGUCUAUAUCAAUUAAUCAAACUUCAGUCAAAAGGAAUGAAUGUGAACAACGAAAUAAAAAGCGUGUUAUGUGUCCAAAUUGUAAGAAGACAUUUUGUGAUAAAGGAGCCCUUAAAGUUCAUCACAGUGCAGUACAUUUAAAAGAAAUGCAUAAAUGCACUAUAAAUGGAUGUAAUAUGUGGUUCAGUUCAAGACGAAGUCGUAAUCGUCAUUCAGCUAAUCCAAAUCCGCGUUUACAUACAAUAAAUGAAGUAAAUUCAAUGCAACAGUUAUUUAAAUCAACGUUACAUCAUUGUUUAAUGAUACUGUAUAUAACAAUUAUUGAUCUUUGA